CAGUCGCGCAUUACGAGCAACCGGUGAACCGUGGAGUGUGUUUAUGUCACACACAGGCUAAAACUCGAUAUCGGUUAUUUUGUAUUUACCUCACAGUGUCUAAUUUUUCAGUUUUUAAAAAGAACCGGGUUCACUGAGAACAGCUUUUAGUCAGAACCAGCGUUGUAUUUUCAUUCGUUGUAAAUAAACAUGGGAAUGAUUUUUGCUAAGCUAAUGACGGUGUUCGGAGACAGAGAGCACAAAGUGAUCAUCGUUGGCUUGGAUAACGCUGGGAAGACGACUAUCCUUUAUCAGUUCCUGACUAAAGAGGCAGUACACACCACUCCUACAAUUGGCAGCAACGUGGAGGAAAUUGCUGUGAAGAAAACACGCUUUCUUGUUUGGGACAUUGGUGGUCAGGAGGCGCUCCGGGCCAGCUGGAGUACCUACUACUGCAAUACAGAGAUUGUGAUCCUGGUGGUUGAUAGUACAGAUCGGGAGCGUUUAACACUUACAAAAGAUGAGCUUCAUCGAAUGCUUGCACAUGAGGAUCUGCAGAACGCGUCGGUCCUGGUGUUAGCUAAUAAGCAGGACAUGAAGAACAGCAUGUCACCAGCGGAGAUUUCCCACAGUCUUACUCUUGGUUCUCUCACAGCACAUUCCUGGCAUGUCCAAGCCUGCUGUGCGCUUACUGGCGAGGGUUUACUGGCGAGCCUGGACUGGAUGCGAUCUCGGGUUUUAGCCAACUAAUUAUGCAGUGGUUCACGGUAACUCUUCAGAGCCGGUCCGUGUGCCAGAUGUGCCUUCAUCCUAACUCAUCACUCAAGGCCAGAGAUGGAGUUGGCGCCAAUUCCAAAUCCAGUUCACUUGAACACGACACACCGAACGCAAGCCGUAGCCUAGUGGUUAAGGUACUGGAUUAGUAACCAGAAAGUCGCUGGUUCAAGCCCCACCACUGCCAGGUUGCUGCUGUUGAGCCCUUGAGCAAGGCCCUUAACCCUCAAUUGCUCAGACUGUACGCUGUUACUGUAAUGUGAGUCGCUUUGGAUAAAGGCGUCUGCUAAAUGCCGAAAAUGUAAAUGUAAUGUAAAUGUAAAUGAACGCACCACCUGCUCAAGCGUUUGGCGAAGUGACUCAAAUCUAGCACGUGUGUAUAAAUCCACAUGUGCGUGUGUAUUAUCUCUUUUUUAGAGGUCCGCGUUAAUAAUGUUACCAGCAGAUUGUGUUAACCAGGACGUGGGAGUUCUGGUCAAACUGAACCGUGUUUUCGCUCAGUUGCACUACAGACUAUUUUACUUCAAUACGAGUAAGGAUUACCGCCUAAGCACAACCAGUUAGUGUUAGGUUCCAAAUUUAUAUGGAAGUUGCUGCUCAGUCCUCAAGCUAUUGAAGCAUUACUUUGUGUAUAUUUGUAUUGUUAUUUAUUUGUGAUGAACACAAUGUGUUUUGAAUACGUUUUUGCAUUAUUUUGUACAGAUUAAAAUUCCAAAAAAUAAAAAACAACCUUCAAAAGGUUGGGUGGAUUUUAAAAUGAAUGUUUACAAUAGUUUCGGGCUAUAGAAAGCUUGUCUGUAACCAUGUGUUCACUUUUGCAAGCAAGAUAUCAACAGGUGACUCAUUUAUUUUCUAUCUACAUGCUUGAUACACAGCUGCAGUUGAAGCAAACAUCAUAAAGAUGGACUUGCAACAUUUAUUUGAUGCGGUUCAGCUGCAAAUCCUACUGACUUGCAGUAGAUCGAAUGGACCAAAACUAUGUCCCAAGUGUCUGAAGUCAUCCUCAGAGAUGUCAUCCUCCCAGCACGUUUGCCGAGUUUGGCUUCUAUUUUGCUAUGUGACACACACAAAAGUAGAAACACAAGCUUAGAAACAAUAAUUUUUAGAUGUUAAAUAAAAAAAGCAAAGCAUGUUGCAGUAUGUAAAUCAAUCAGCAGCAUUUCCCGGUCAUUGCCCACCCCCAAGGAAAACAGCAGCUGCUCCAUCACAUCCAGUAAAGAAAAUAAUGAAAAAUGACACUUGCUACAUGUCGCCUGGUAGUAUCAGUAUGCCCUACACUAAGAAAAUGAAAGACAUUGUGUUCAAUAUACUGUAGAUGUGCACUAAAUUAAUAUUUUAAUAUUAAUUUUAGUCACUGCACAAUAAUAGAAAUCUAUUUUGAUUGAUGACCUGUAGAAAAAAAGGCCAAUCCCAAACCCAGUCUAUAGGGCAUAAUGUGUAACUUAAAGCUUUAAUAAGUAAGAAAAUUAUGUAUGUUAUUGGACUGAACAUCUGUGGGAAAUGCUAUACGGCACACUCCGCCACCAACAUCAGCAAUUACAGUAAAAUAUUUUUGGAACAA